GCAAUGCCUAGAAAACGAGUGAACACACACACACACUGAAUAUAUUAUCGUCCUUUGCUAGAGUGGAUCGCAGUGAAGGCGUUAUAAUGUUAGCCAAGAUCCUUUCUUCUUAUAUUUGAGCCAGAACUACGCAGAGAAAACGGAGGCGACUUGGAGAGACUCCCAUCUGUGAUUACGGGACUUGAGAUUGUUACCUACAGCGCCUGAACCUUUAUCUCGUGUCUUCAGUUGUCCAUUGAAGAAAAAUGCAUUUUUCCAUUCCUGAGACGGAGGUUCGGUCCGGAGAAAACGGAUCUACAUUUGUGGCCUACAACAUCCACGUCAACGGGGUCCUGCACUGCCGAGUGCGCUACAGCCAGCUCCUAGGCCUGCACGAACAGAUCAAGAAAGAGUAUGGAAACAACGUGGUACCUGCCUUCCCCCCAAAGAAGAUCUUCACCCUCACGCCUGCAGAGGUGGAGCAGCGUAGAGAGCAGCUGGAGAAGUACAUGCAAGCUGUGCGUCAGGAUCCUCUGCUGGGAGCCAGCGAACUGUUCAACAGCUUUUUAAGAAAAGCUCAACAGGAGACACAACAGAUCCCCACCGAAGAAGUCCAGCUGGAGGUGCACUUAUCCAACAGCCAGAAGGUCAAAGUCAACAUCUUGACGUCAGACCAGACUGAAGAUGUCCUUGAGGCAGUUGCAUCGAAACUGGAGCUGCCUGAUGAUUUGGUGGGCUAUUUCAGCCUCUUCCUAGUUCAGGAUGGGGUAAAUCGAGGCUGCACAUUCGUGAGAAAGCUGCAGGAGUUCGAGCUGCCCUACGUCUCGGUCACCAGCCUGCGCAAUCCCGAUUACCACAUCGUCCUCCGCAAAAGUUAUUGGGAUUCAGCCUAUGACAGUGAUGUAAUGGAGGAUAGUGUCGGUCUCAACUUGUUAUAUGCUCAGACGGUGUCUGACAUCGAGCGAGGCUGGAUUCUAGCCAACAAAGACCAGCACAGACAGCUGAAAUCCUUGCAGGAGAAAGGCUCAAAGAAAGAGUUCAUCAGAUUGGCUCAGACCCUGAAGUACUUCGGCUACAUCAAGUUUGAUCCCUGCGUCACGGAUUUUCCUGAAAAAGGCUGCCACGUCAUCGUCAGCGCCGGCAACAACGAGCUCAACUUUCAUGUCAAACUGCCCAACAACCAGAUGAAGGAAGGAAGUUUUAAAGUCACGCGCAUGAGGUGCUGGCGAGUCACUUCAUCCCAAGUCCCAGUGGCCAAUGGCACAGCUAACCCCUGCACCUCUGGCAAGUGUGAGGUCAAACUGGAGCUGGCUUUCGAGUAUCUGAUGAGCAAAGACCGUCUGCAGUGGGUCACCAUCACGAGUCCGCAGGCAAUCAUGAUGAGCAUCUGUCUCCAAUCCAUGGUGGAUGAGCUGAUGGUGAAGAAGUCUGGGGGAAGCAUUAAGAAAAUGCAGAAGAAACGUUUUAACGGAUCCAUCCAUCGAUCCAACAGCCAGCAAGCUGUGAAAUCUCCUCCAUUACUGGAUUCUCCUGAUUCGAAUCGGGAACAAGUAGUCAAGCUCUCGACAAAGCUGAGUUCCGUCUCCCUGCGGGGGAUCAGCGCCUCGAACUCCGCUAACGAUCUCAGCGGCAGCGAUUUUCACGGAAACUACGCUUUCGAGGGCAUCGGGGACGACGACCUGUGAUGCUCCUCUUGUACCGAAGCACAGGACAGCUGAGCCAAGCCGAGCAGGUUCCAGUGGAGGGGACGCGUCCGAUUCUGCAAGAUGCUAACACGCUGCAUUUCUCUAAUAGUCUAAACCAUCCGUACAAGCUGCAAAUUGUUAUCGGUGAGGGUCUUGCAUGUAAUGAGGUGUCAGCUUGGGUAGGUGUAGCACAAGCACAGUACAUUGUGUGCAGAUCCCAACCUAAUAAGAUUCCAGAUUGAACAAAAAUAUUGAUGCACUGACAAACUGUAUUUAAAAAAAAAAAAAAGAAAGAAAUCCGCAGAUCCUAUAUAGUCAUCCCUCUCCGACAUCAUCUUAGUAACCAGGCGACUCGGCUAGCUUCUGUUACCAGGAUCCGUGUCAUAUCUCCAUCACAAUUUGCAAAUCGUGCACAUUUACAAGACUGAAAAAUCGUCGAAUCCAAUCCGAGUUCAUUCCAACAUUUCAAUCCAGUAUUUCAUACUGUGCCACCCUUUAAGCAAACACAGGGACGCAUAGUUUCGGCUUUAUUUCCUGCAUCCAUGAAAGCAGCGUCUCAAGACUUUUCAUUAGCUCAAAAAAAUAGAAAAGGGAAAAAAAAUAGCUGCUUCUGAUGUUAACCUCUACUGAAUAGUACUUCCUUUUUAGAGACUCAAAGCUGUGCUUUCUCAUCCUCUAUGCUGUAACCAAUGAUUAAGCAUUAGACGGCGUCUCGAGCUGACGGCUACAGCGAAAGCAGAUCCGAGAGCACUGAUCCGAACAAAUACAACCUUGAAGUCAGCUGCCUAAAACUCCUUUUAGGUUUAGUCGCAGGUCUGCGUCUCAUCGGUUACAGACUUCACGAGGAAUUGCGGCCUUUCGUGCGCAGAGUGCCAAUUCUUGCCAAUUUUUUUCUUUUAUUUGUCUGAUUUAUCUAACAAGGGUUUUUUUUUUCAGUGCUUUCCAAACUUCACAGCUUCGUACAUAGUGAAUAGAUUGUUGUAUACGGGUUCUGAACGGAAACCUCAGCCGGAUUAGAUCAUGCAUCACACAAAGAGCCAUAGUGCUGCCUUUGUGCUGUUUGUGUGCGUGUUUUUUUUUGUUUUUUUUUUUCUCCCCCUCCCAUCUCCCCCAGAUGACUUUUUGCCUUAGAAUAAUUCAACCGCCUUACAUUUCAAGCUUGUCAGUUUUUCUUUUUCUUUUUCUUCUUUUUCCUCGUCCACGUAAGCUCCGGUGAGAGAUCUUGCAGAAUUUCUCGAGAGUUCUGUUGAUGUUUCGGCAGAACCGCUUGCACAUGCUGAACCCAUGACUUUGCACAAUAUUCUACAGACAGAUGUGCGCGAUUCCUCCCGGGAAAACGUUCUGAACCGUACGCGCGCAUGGUGUCGGCGAUUUUCUCUCUCCUCGUCUUUCCAACCGAUAUUUCGUGAAAGGUUUCUCAUAAAUGCCAAAAUUCUAGUUUACUUAAAAGCAUUUUGCACAAAAGAACCAUUUAAAAAAAAAAAGGACAAAAAAAAAUCAUAGUAGUCACUUUUUAUAAAUGUACAUGCAAAUAAAAAGUAUUCUGAAGUAUUCAUUUUACUAAUAUGUAUUAUCAUUAGUAUAUUAUAAUCGAAUGCAGUAGAUCAACUCUAUCUAAGCUGUGUAAUUAAGAAAAAAAGGACAUAUACCGCUGUUUACAGAACUGUAGAGAAUUCGAUCGAGUAGAAUUUAAAGAAGUGUUUACAAAUUCCACAUCUGAAUUCCAAUGUCUUUUUACUCGUCCCAUAUUCCGUCGUUCUGAGGACCAUCGAGCGUUCUGUGUCUUUUAUUAAACUCCAUCGUAGCAAUCAUCUCAGCGGACCAGGUGGUGGGAAAGGAGCUGCAUUUCACAUUUCAGGCUGCUGUUUUUCAGUCUCUGCAUGGCAAAAUUGUUAAUCUGAGGAAAAAAAAAAAAAAAAAGGAGAUGCUCCGUACCAGAGACACGCCCCAUCACGCGAGUCGUGUUUAAUCUCCACAGUGAGAUCGAGAACGAUCAGAGUUUGAAGCUGAAGAUGAUUGAGGUUUGUUGUAAUGGUCUCAUCUUGAUCAGCUGUAAUGAGUGAAUGUGUUUUUUUCUGACUUCUGAUAAUAUGCGAGUGUCCACUGCGGUCUGUUCACCAGCAUAUCUACAAGGGGUUAAUGGUGUAUAUCGUUAAUGUCUCAGAGCCUAGCAUUUCAAAAGCAAUGUCAUGGAUUUCAAUAAAAUGUAGGUGCCAAAUCUCUGCA